UUCUCACAUUUAUUAUGAUCUGAAUUCCGUUGAACUGUUAUAUCAAGGAAACGGUUACUGAGUAGGACAUACUAUCAUAUCUACCGAGGUGUCGCACAUUUUCUUUUGUUUUAAUCCUACCUUCAACCUAGAGGAUUUCAACAGCAGGUUACCUGAGAAUUUGCUUGAACGAGUUAUUUCACUUGAAAGGAGGAAUAUGGUGCAAGCAUAAUGACAGUUUGUCACUUCCGGAUGAAUCUAAGCACACUGAAAUCCUGUAAUGUUAGAAGAGCAUGAUCAUAAGAGAAAUGUGACACUUAUGCACUCUCAGACUGUCUCCACUUCACUUGAGAAUGGAUUAAUGUGAAAGACUUCAUCCCUCCUUGAGGUUAGAUCUUGACUGGGUGGGAAUGCAAACGUGUGGCUGGUAAUAAGCACCCUGCCUCUCAGAUAUGCCCAGACGGGGGCUUCCUCUGCAGGGGCGGGCACGCUGGCUACUCCUGGGUAUAUUCUUGCUCUUGAUGCUGCUACUCUUUGCAUACCUGCUGGAGUGCACCCCACCUGCAGAUAUGAGACAAGAACUGCCUGGCCUGGGAGGAGAGCCUUAUGGAAAGGAGUACUACCAAGCCCUCCUGCAAGAGCAGGAAGAGCGGCAUCUCAGCCGAGCAGCCAGUCUCAAAAGACAAAUUGCACAUCUCAAACAAGAACUUCAGGAGAUGAGCAAAAAACUGAGGGUUCUUCAAGAAAAGAAGGAGGUUCCGGGGCCACAGAGCCUGAUUGAUGGCAAGGAUCAAGAGCCCAGUGACCUAUUGGAGUACCUGCACUCUCAAAUCGAUAAGGCGGAGGUAAAUACUGGGGCAAGACUGCCGAGUGAGUAUGCAUUGGUACCCUUUGAGAGCUUCACCACCUCGAAGGUCUACCAACUUGAGAUGGGCCUGACACGCCACCCUGAGGAGAAGCCUGUACGUAAGGACCGGAGGGAUGAGCUGGUGGAGGUGAUAGAAGCAGGUUUGGAUAUUAUCAAUAACCCAGAGGAAGAUGAUGGACAGGAGGAUAACAUCCCCAUGCAGAGGCAAACGUUCACAGAAAGCCAUUUUUUUGAGGGAAUCUACAGAACAGAGAGGGACAAAGGCACACUGUAUGAGCUCUACUUUGCUAAAGAGAAUUCCCACGAGUACCAUCACGUCACCCUCUUCCGUCCAUUUGGGCCCCUGAUGAAAGUGAGGAGUACAUCUGUAGACACUGCCAGCACCGUCAUUAACAUCAUCGUGCCACUGUCAGGCCGGACUGAAGCUUUUGUUCAGUUCUUAAACAACUUCAGGGAGGUUUGCAUACAACAGGACAAGUGGGUGCAUCUCACAGUGGUGUACUUUGGACAGGAGGGCUUGCAGGAUGUGAAGGCAUCUCUACAGAAAAUGUCCAGUGAGGAAAACUUCAGUAACUACACCCUGAUCCCUGUGGAUGAGGAGUUUUCUCGUGGCCGUGGUCUUGACAUUGGCGCUCAUGCAUGGGAUAAAGGCGGUGAUGUCUUGAUGUUCUUCUGUGAUGUUGACAUCUACUUCAAACGGGAAUUCCUUAGUACUUGUCGUCUGAAUGCAGCUCCGGGAAAGCGAGUUUUCUAUCCCGUGGUGUUCAGUUUGUAUAAUCCAGCCAUAGUUUAUGGAAAUCUUGAGUUGCCACCCCCUAUUGAAAAUCAGCUGAUUCAUAAAAAAGAUGCAGGAUUCUGGAGGGAUUUUGGAUUUGGUAUGACUUGUCAGUAUCGCUCAGAUUUUCUCAGCAUUGGAGGAUUUGACCUGGAAGUAAAAGGUUGGGGGGUAGAAGAUGUCCACUUGUACAGGAAGUACCUACGGAGUGAUCAGAUUGUGAUUCGCACACCUGUGUCUGGCCUGUUCCACCUUUGGCAUGAGAAGCUGUGUGCUGACGAGCUGACACCAGAACAAUACCGCAUGUGCAUCCAAUCCAAGGCCAUGAAUGAGGCGUCACACUCUCAUCUGGGCAUGCUUGUGUUCAGGGAGGAGAUUGAGACUCACCUUCGAAAGCAGGCUUUCAGAACUCAGAGUAAACCGGCAGAAUGAAUCAAGUAUGCAAUCAGACAUCCAUUCUGUACACGCUCAACAGUGCACAGCAUGGAGGACAUUUUUUUUGUGUCUAUUGAGACACGUGCAGAUUAUUUCAACUGAACAUUAUUCCUUGUUAAAUCUAAAAUAAUCCAUAGAUUAAAGAAGACCCUAUGACAGCAAGAAGACUUUAUCGGCUGGGGGAAUGUUAUUGAUUUGGUAUUAUGUAAAUCGUUUACAGAAGCAUUUGAUCAACCUUCUGGAAUUGUUUAAAGUGUUCAGCAAGGACCUUUUGGACAAUAACUCUGUAUAUAUGUGAAUAGUGACCCGUUCCUUUAGGAAACACAAGUUAUUGAAGAUUAUCUUCUCUUAACUUUUCUUCUCAUAAAUGCAAGUUUGAGAAGACGUGCCAGGAGUAAAGCAUGACUUUUGUAUUUUAUUUUUUUAAUUUGCAACUAACUGACAGAGUCAUACCUUGCAUUUUUAUUUUUAUAUUAUAACUUUCAACUUUGCACUGACAAAAAAGGGAUCUAAUUUAAAUGCUGAAAUUGACAAUCAUCCAUGAAUGGAUGUGGUUCAACUUGUCAUGCUAGAGAGUAAUUUAGGUAAUGGGCAGUUUGGUAGGUAAUGUCUCUGUUGGAACAGUAUAUACUUUAGUCUUUCCCCCAAAGCUUUCCAUGUUUUUGCUGCAUGGUCCUGAUAUGCAUUUUUAUGCAUGAGUCAAACUCUUAAUUUGCAACAUGUGAGGAGGCAGCUCGGUGCCAUAGCAUUCAAUGUUAGGGGUUAAUGGUAAACAUCAAAUGCUGUGACCCCUGCAACCACUAACUCAAUCUGUGGUGUGUAGUAAACGGUGAAAGAAACUAAACCAUUUACAACCCUAAAGAACAGAUUUGCCUGAAUGUGCCUCUUAGCUUCUGAGGAUAUGUAUUGUUAAUUCCAGUUGAAUAUAUCCAUGGCUAUCAAGGCUUCAAUUUGACCAUGAGGUUGCAAUUGUUCCAUUCCUCAUUUUUUAAACAAAUAAAAAGAAUACAA